CUUAACCUAAUUGAUUCGUAAAAGGUCUUAAAGCACCGUCACAAGUACCAAAUCAGUUAGUUCUACUCACUUCAUUAAACGAUUUAGCAAGACGGUAACAUUACAACCAAAUCUUAGCAUUUCUGUUCUAUAUUGGUUCCGGCAUGAGGCUUGUUUAUUUGGUGGCUCUUUGUAGCCACUUUCUUCUGAAAACUCAUGGCUAUGAAACUGACAUAGCUUAUCGGAUCUGUGAAGAUAACACCUACACUGGUUGCCAUGACUUUUGCCGCAGGGGCUGUAAUGGCACCGAGUACAGUUGCUUACAUCGCUGUCAUAAAGGUUGCGGAUGUAUUCAAGCCUCAAUCAUACGGAAUAACGGAGGCUGCCGGAGGUUGGUGGUGUGUGAGGCGAAUGAAAGGGAUUCUGCAUCGCUAGAAAACCAGGACUAUGCCGGAGACUAUGUAACGGAUUGGUGGCAUGACGAGGAGGCUAUACGUGAAGUUGCGGAAACAAUUGUAGAACAUCAUAAGGUUGAUGAGCCGCAUGAGGAUGCGCUGCAUGAUAAACCAGCACAUGAUGAACCGGCACGUGAUGAACCGGCACAUGAUAAUGAUCAGGGACAUGCCGCUGAGGGAGCGAUCGUUGAUGAUCAUGGUGGAGAGCUGAAAGAAGCGAUUGAAAAAGGGAAGAAAAUCGUUGCAAGUGGGUAGUAUCCUUCUUUCUAGGUUUAUAAUGUUUGAUUUUUAAAAAAAAUUUGAAUAAGAAUAAACUUUUUAAACUUUAAUUAUGGCUAAAAGAAGAUUACUAAGAUCUCAGUGAGCUCUAUCAAACAGCUGUA